AUGCGAAGAUCUUUCGACCCCAAAACUAACAAGCUUGGAGCACCACUAUUUUUACCAAGGCCUCAGAAUGUUACAGUAAAUACUGGGGAACAAGCAGUUUUACAGUGUGCCAUUUCAAAUCUAGGAACCAAAACAGUUUCGUGGUUGAAAAAGUCUCCGAAACAACACCCACUUACAGUCGGUACCUACACAUUUAUAGAAGACGCUAAUAUAUCUGUGGUGCACAACAAUCAAACCCACGAGUGGAAUUUGCUCAUUAAAGACGUUCAAAUCUCCCAUUCAGGGGUGUAUGAGUGCCAAGUUAGUUCCUCUAAUAAACUGUCUCGUUUGGUACGGCUAACAGUGAAAGAUGGAGUAUCUAAACCAUCUGUUCACAUCAGUGGGACUGGCUAUGUGGAGAACACCAAAUCUAUUGAAAUUAUAUGUAACGCCACUAGUGGAGGUCGUCCACCAAAAGAGAUUACAUGGUUUAAAGAUGGAGAAAUUAUUACUUCAGAGACCAAUAAUGAAAGGAUACAGAUCAAAUCAGAUGUCCACACGGUUGCACGGGCUUUGAUAAGUAAACUUGUAAUUCAACGGAGUCACUUAGAUGAUGCAGGGAUAUACGUGUGCAGAACAUCUGACUUGAAAGCUACAGAGUUCAAAGUUCAUGUGCUUAAUACUUAUGAUGUGGUCGUUGUGAGGAUUGCCGACCCCGUAAAACUUCAGUGUAACAUUACCGCUAGACACAAGAAUCCGCCAGCCACUGCUAUCCUUUGGUUCAAGCAAGAUAAGCUCUUCAAACCAAACUCUAAGGCGAAAAUAUUUAUCAAUCAUUACCCUUUGCAACCACAAGGAACGCUUCUCAGUGUCUUUUCUAUCAUACACGCUAAAUAUGAAGAUUCUGGGGUGUACAGUUGUAAAACUAGCAAUUAUAAUGAGAUCCGCCGUUUCAAAGUGGAGGUUAUAGGAUCUAAUGGACAAGAAAAUGGUUCUUCUUUCCUCAGCAAGCUAGCUAUUGAUAACACGAGCGCGUCUGUUAGAAGAAGGCACAACGAUGGAGGUCAUAAUAACUACAAUGACAAACGUAGUGAAGAAAGUAAUUUCUCACCACGACUACUCCCAUUCAGCCUAUUUUGUGUCUUGUUAACCCAAGUGAUAUGUUGGGGUCUCAUCAAAUUUAUAUCCUGACCAUGAAGCUUACGGGAAAGAUGAACAGAAUGGAGAGGAAGGAUAGAUGGGAAUACAGACUUAAAAAUAAAGAAAAACACACCAGUUUAUAUGAUUUAUAAACAGCCUAAAAAAAGUCAGAAGUAACAGCAGAUUCUUGAGAGUAUUUUGCACACACAGAUGGCUGCCAAACCUAAGAACAUCUUUUAUAUUGGAACUUAUAUAUACUUUCACACAUACUUACAAAUGCAUGCAUACAUACUCAUAGGCUGAAUAUAAACAUGUAUGUGUGCAUUAAUCAGAUUUUUUUUUCCUGCAUAAAUCCUAACAAAUAUGUUAAGAUUUACAUACAUAUAUGUAUGUUUAUAUAUGCAUACAUAUGUAUGUGUGUGUGUGUGUGUGUGUGUGUGGUCCUUGCAGUAGAAAAUGGUGAGCUCUUAGCAUAAGUUUAGCAAAACUGUAAUACCCAGAUUCAUCAAGAGAACAACACUGAAUGACAUUUCACAGCUGUUGCUAUUAACCACCAUCCACUGAAGCAUCCUGUAACUAAAUGUCUAUUGCUGCAUGGAACACACCUGUCUGAACACACCUGUCUGUCUCAUCACUAUCAGUCCUCCUAUGUCCUUUGACCUGAUUUGCUUUAUUAUAAUUUUUUUUUUUUAAUUUUGAUUUAUUAUAUAGCAAACUAGUUUAAACUGUGUCAUCAUCCCCCACAAAAAAAUUUUAUAUAAUCCUUUCUUCUCUCUCUCUCUCACAAUUACUACUAAAUGAAAUUCAAUGUUAUUGCUGGAGAUUUUUCUGUUAUAUGAUAUUGAUAUGCAAUAAUUACAGCAACAUUGUUAUUAUUAGUAGCAAGCUAGAUAAGAACCGUAUGCAUAACUAUUUAACUAGGUUCUGCUAUGGAAGAUUGCUGAUUUUUACUCGACUUCUCUAAAAGAAUUAAACAGAAAUUACUGCAUCUGGUUGUGGAUUGCCCCUUCCCCUUAAUAAAUAAUUAAAAAUAAGAAAACAGGUCACAAAAUCACUUCUCUCUAUAUAUAAGUGGAGUUUCACGACAGUGGGUGUUAAACCAUUCAGUUGUUAGAAAUAGCCGCUAAAGGAAUGCCACCGCCAUCAUUUUAUAUAAGUUUCUUCAUUAUCAUUAUGAGAACAAACUCUUUCUGAAGGUAUUAAAGGAUUAUAAAUUACAAGUUUCAUAACACAAAUGUCUUGAAUGAACUAAUAUAUUUGAGCUUUAAUAAGAUUUAUUAUAAAGUUAAACUGAAUUUGCUUUGCAAGUUGCAACCAGAAAUCUUAAAACUUCUAUAAAGUAAAUAAAGUGUGUAUAGAUGAACGAUAUUAAGACAGUAUUCAUCAUAAUGACAGUUUUAAGAUAAUAUUCAUAAUAAUGACAAUAUUAAUAUUUGUCAUCAUAAUUCAUCAGAUUUUGCUUGGAUUUUGAAUGAAGGCAGAAAAACAUAUAUAUAUAUAUAUUAAAGAAAUUUGUUAAUAUUUACAUGAGAAGUUUAAGAAAGCAAUUUGAAAAUACUGAGAAAUUUAUGAUUUUAUUUCUCUGAAUUCUAAUAUUUGCAAACAUGAAAACAAGCUGGACCAACACUAAAAGCACUCACAUCUGCUCAAGUCCAGACUUGUGUGCAUAUGUAUAUGUAUAUGUAUAUAUAUAUAUAUAUAUAUAUAUAUAUAUAUAUAUGUCACUUUAUUUAUUCUAGCAUUUUAAGUUUUGCUUUUAAUUGUUAAUGUUUUGUUUUAUGGCCUUACAUAUUUACAAGCAAAAGAAGAAACCAUUUUCCCACCUUUGAAGCAUCAUUUUUAUUAAAGCUAACAUACUCCAAUCUGCUCCCCACCCCACCCCCCUACUAUCUUUUAUCAUGAAAAAUGUCAAAUUAGAUAUUUGAGGGUCUGCCUUAUUAGCAAUGCAAGUGAAUUAGACAAGGUUAAAGAUGGAGCAGAGAGAAAGGUAAGAGGUGAAAGAAGACAGUGUUGGAAAGAUACACAAAUCUAUUGAACUGAGGGGACGAGGUGGAGGAGGAGGCUAAGGAGGAGUACACGAACGGAAAAGGAGUUGGGUUUUACUAUUAUUAAUUUUUUUUUUUUUAUAAUCAUUAUUUAGGACCAAUCUUGGAUAACACAAUACCAAAUUAUUGAAGUGUUUUGCACUUUGAAAAUAUUGGCAAACCUGAAGUAGGCUGUGGAAAGUUUGGGCCCCGAGUGUGCAUUGAGAAAUCUCCUGAGCAGAGAAACAACAGAGAUUGAUAACUUUUUUUUUUUUUUAGUUGAAUGGAGCUUUCUGAGGGGAAGGGAGGUCUAUCUAAGAAUUGGAAAUUUUUUCUGUGUUCUUGUAUAAAAUACAUUUAUUUUAUUCCAUUUUUCUGUUUGAAGUAUCAAAAAAAAAAAAAACACUAAAAAAAUAUAAAUUUGAAGGAAAAAUUGAUUUCAUCCACUGGCAGCAGAACCAUUUUGGUGGUUUCCUUACUAAACCAAUAUAUAGAGUAAAAUAUUUAAAAAGAAAAAAUUAAAAUUAU